ACAGAGAAUCACUGCCUCACCUCCGACCUAUAAAGAACACCAACCACCUACCUGCUAUUCCAACAUUAUCCUUAGCUUCAACAAAAAUUUCACUUUCUUCAAUUCUGAUAUAUCUUGCUAAAAAAAAUACUUGCUUCAAUAUAAAAACCCUAUUUAUAGAUAUAGAUAGAUAUAUGGGGAGUAGGAGGGUUAAGGGGUUUUGGGGGUCAGUGGUGGUGAUAGGAGUGAUUGUGUGGUUGUUAAUGGUGACAGCCUUACAAAACCUGGAAAGAGGGAGCAUGAAGGAGGUGGAUAUGAGAAUAGAUGAGAACACAAACUUUCAUAGGAAAAUGGAUCUUAUCAACUUCAUCAGCAAAAGAAGAGUUCCAAAUGGAUCUGACCCUAUCCAUAACAGGAAAGCGGGAAACUCUCGACGACCACCUGGCCAAGCUUUCGAAGGAGACUUCAACAUGCCAUGAUGAUCUACUUCGUCACAUGUAGAAGGAUAUAUAUAUAGUUCCAUGACUUUAAAGGACGAACCUGCGAAUUAUUGAAAGAUUGCACUACACUUACUACAUGAUUGCACUACAUCGGAUACGAUUCCAUCACAAAGGUCCCCCAGACAUGUCUGAAAGCCGCUGCGGUGUAAUCUUUCAGUAGUUCGCAGGUUAAGGCUGGUUUGCACCUGAUAAUGAUUAUAUAUUUAUAGUCUCAAUGUAUGUAGUUUAUGGAAUCCCGGGCAGGUUGUUGAAUUUGUUUUGUUUUAAACUCGAGUAUAAUUUUCAUAUGUCAGGGUUAAUUUUGUUGAUGAACAUAAAAUAUAGUAAACUUUACAAACGAAAUUGAAAUAUGAUGAGGAUUUUAAUCCA